AAAUAAAUAAUUGUCAAUAAUGUCAAUCUGAAUCUGACAUUUUUAAGAAGAUUCGACUUUUGUGAGGAAUCGUAUUUUCAAUUACGUAAAAAAUGUCUUACCGCUUUGGUACCGCCAUCAGGGAACUGAGGAUUCAUUUAUGCCAAACAAGCAAACAUUCUGAAGGUGUAAGGAACUUCAUACAAAAGUACUAUGUUAACCUUAAAAAAGAGAACCCUGGCUUCCCGAUAUUGAUUCGUGAAUGCUCCGGUGUACAGCCACGAAUCUGGGCUCGAUAUGAAAAAGGAGAAGAACGCAGCAUGUCUCUCACCGACCAGAACGCUGACAAUGUUCUCUCGGCCGUGAAACAGCUAUCAAAGUAAAUUAUGUUGUUAUAUUAUAUUUAUGUUAAUAAAAAUAUUUAGUUAAUAGCAAA